UUAUUGGUGGGCAGCGACGGUUACAUCACCGCACGGCUCGUGACGCGCACGUCUUCCUGUUUCCUUCAGCCGCGUCUUAAAGUGAAUCUUUAGUGGCGGAGGAGCGCUCCAGCAUCCAGUUCCCCCUCUGCAUCCAGUGCGCCUCGGAGACGCACAGACGCAGACGCUCGCUCUCUCUCUCGCUCUCUCUUUCGCUCUCUCGCUCUCGCUCGCUCUCUCUCUUGCACUCUCUCUAUGUCUCUCACUCUUGUAGUCACAGCAGAGGAUAGAGGGAGAGAUCGACGCGCAAGAGCUCUUUUCAUCUUCUAUAUUUUCCCUAUUUUGUUCCUUUCGGCCGCGUCGCCGACUUUAUUCCAGCUCUUCCUCCUCUGAGAGAAACUCUGUAAUCCAGCCAUCCAGCCGAGCUCUGCAACAUAUUCUUUCUUUGGUUUUUGGUUUUUUUUUUUUUUUUUUUUGGUCGCCGUAGGAGUUCAGGUUGUCCCCCCCCUCUUCAUCUAAAGGGUACUCAGAGGCUUUGAUCCUAGAGGACUGGGUUUGUGGGAUAUGGCCCAAUAGCAGCAGCCCGUGAUGCCGGACCAUGACAGCGACUCCCUCCUGAACAGACAGACCAAGCGAAGACGUGUGGACAUUGGUGUUAAGAGGACCGUGGGCAGCACAGCCUCCUCCACAGCAGCAGCCACAACAGCAACCACUGAUAACAUUGCCCGCGCCAAAGCAGCCAUUUUCAGUGCCAUGAACUCUCUGAGCUCCCACUCUCACCACGGAUCAGACACCGACUCCAUGGAGUGCUCUGUAGUGCAGCCACAUGGUGGGCCUGGCGUUGUGUCAGCCAGCGACAGUGAAUCCAAGUCCAAUGUACUCCGAAAGCUACUGAAGAGGGCCAACUCAUAUGAGGAUACCAUGAUGCCCUUCCCUGGCACCACCAUUAUCUCCCAGCUUCUCAAGAAUAACAUGGCUAAAAAUGGAGGCGGACCCGAGAGGGGAGAAAGAGGGGACAGGGGUGAUCGGGACGCCGGCUUCCCUGGAUCAGGGCUCUCCAAUGCAAGUUCGGAUGCUCCCCAAGAGGAUGCAUGCAGUAACUCCUCCCAGGACAGCACCCCUCAAGAGUGCUUGUCACCGUUUGGUCGUCCUCCAGGCCUGGCCACCUUUGACAUCGAACGACUCAAUGAUGAACACCUGCGUGCCAAGAGAGCCCGCGUAGAGAACAUUAUACGUGGUAUGAGCCACUCACCCAGUGUGGUGGUACCUGCUGCUUCCCGUCAUGAGCGUGACCAUGAGAUGGAUGGAGAUAGGGACAUGGAGUUAGACUGCCCACCCCCUCAGUCUCAGCAUCAGGCCCCCAGCAGCCCACGGGGUGGCGAGGUGUGCAGCAGUAGCAGCCGAGAGAACAAGCGUAAGCAGCGUCUGCCUCAGCAGCAACAGCAGAGCUUCACCCAGCUGGUGUGCCAGAGGAAGGAGCAGAAGCAGGAGGAGCGACGGCAACUGAAGCUGCAGCUGGAGGACAUGCAGAAACAGCUACGCCAGUUGCAGGAGAAGUUCUUUCAGAUUUAUGACUCAACUGACGACUCAGAACACAAUGACCUCCACAAUGACCUCCACAACGACAUAGGAAACAUGUCUGAGGACAGCCCAACCCGAUCUGAUAACGGCGGCGAUGAUCGGGGUGGAGAUGACUUGCGCUCUGACAAUGAGAUGUCUGACCUGGACCCGGGCCAUUUCCUAGACAGGGCGCGGGCAUUGCUUCAGGAGCAGGCCCUGCUGGCGGACGGAGAGAAGCCAAGAAGAGAGGGGCUCGGCCGGAGCAAAGCACAGGGAGGACCAGGCUCCUCCAUGCAUGCUGAAGGAAAACAGCUGGCGGAAACACUGAAGCAGGAACUCAAUUCAGCCAUGACGCAGGUGGUGGACACAGUGGUAAAAGUGUUUGCCAAGCCUCCACGCCCUACACCCCAGCAGGCUUUCCCCCCAUUAUCCCUACCACCUGAAAGAUUUCCCAAUGUUGUCAAUGGAGACAACCCCAACUUCCACACCGCCAACCAGAGGCUGCAGUGCUUCGGUGAUGUCAUCAUUCCCAAUCCACUAGACUCAUUUGCCAGCAUGCCCGGGAUGCCAGGCGCCGCCAACGACCAAACCGAGGCGCUGCCCUUAGUCGUGAGGAAGACACCCAGUGAGCACCACCACCAGUCCUCAGCUGUGGGCGCACAUGGUGGGCACCACCAUCCUGCCCUUCACCCCUCCUCGCUCUCUGCCUCCAUGGGUUUUAGCCCUCCAUCCUUUAGACACCCCUUUCCACUUCCUCUUAUGGGCUACCCUUUCCAGAGUCCCCUGGGUGGACCCACAGGUGGCUACCCAGGAAAGGACCGCUCUUCACCAGACUCCAUGGACCUGUCCCGGGAGACCACCAGCCUGAGGACCAAGAUGACAUCAGGUCACCACCUUGUGCACCACCACCAUCGCUCUUGUUCACCAGCACACCCAGGCAGCACAGCUGAGGGACUCUCCCUGUCCCUCAUCAAGUCCGAGUGUGGUGAUCUCCAGGACAUGUCUGACAUCUCACCUUACUCAGGCAGCAAUAUCCAAGAGGGUCUCUCUCCCAAUCACCUGAAGAAAGCCAAGCUCAUGUUUUUCUACACCCGCUACCCGAGCUCUAACAUGCUUAAGAUGUUCUUCUCUGAUGUCAAGUUCAACCGCUGCAUAACCUCCCAGCUGAUCAAGUGGUUCAGCAACUUCCGGGAGUUCUACUACAUCCAGAUGGAGAAGUUCGCCCGCCAGUCCAUCAACGACGGAGUCACCGGGAGCGAGGAGUUGAGUGUCAGCCGCGACUGCGAGCUCUUCCGAGCCCUCAACAUGCACUACAACAAGGCCAACGACUUCGAGGUCCCCGAUCGCUUCCUGGAGGUGGCCGAGAUCACACUGAGAGAGUUCUUCAACGCCAUCGUGGCCGGCAAAGAUGUGGACCCGUCCUGGAAGAAGGCCAUCUACAAGGUCAUCUGCAAACUGGACAGCGAGGUCCCCGAGGUCUUCAAGUCCCCCAACUGUCUCCAAGAGCUUCUACACGAGUAAAUCUCUCCCUCCUCCUCCUCCUCCUCCUCCUCUUCGCUCGACGCUUUGUGCUUUUUAUAUUUUCUCUGAUUUCAUAGAAUUUAAAAAAAAAAAUGAUAUUCUCUUUUUGUUUUAUUUCCAUUUCCCCCCCAACUUUACUUUGGAUUUCCUUUUUUGUUUUGUUUUUUAUUUUAUUUUAAACUUUUUGAAUGUAAUGAAAGUUAUGAAGUAGCAUUCCCAAUCUGAAGCCUCUGUGGCAGUUCCUAAAUGACCUAGCUAUUGUGUUGUUCUUCUUCUAUGAUAAUUAUCAUGAUGGUUACAAUUUGUUUUUGUUUUUCUAUGAUUCUGAACUGAAGAGACUCUAAUCUUAUCGGGUGUUUUUUUUUCUUUUUUUUUUUGGACCGUGUGAACCCUCAUCCCGUUCUUUUGGCCUGUUUUAUGAUCGACACUAACUGCAGUCCUCAGUGUGUGGAAGGAGUUCCCGUUCACACAACUGAGAACGUAGGCUGCCUUCCCCUAAAAACUUUAGUGGAGGCACCCAUGGGAGGGCAUCCCCUCCUUUUCCAGUGAGUGUCCAAAUGAACUGUGCUAGCGAAAACUAUAGACUGUGCUACUGAAGACGUCCCCCAACAGGACACUCACACAAACUCACACACACACACAUGCACACACACACACACACAAAACAAGGCCUAGUGACGUUAAUGACUGGACUAAGACUGGACUCAUGGUACUGGUCUGUACUAGUCUGUGAGACUUGGACUGGUUUCAAAUAGCUACUGAGCUCUACCAUGUUUUGAAGUGUGUUUUUCCCUGCAAGUAGGGCAUUGUGUUUAUUGGCUGUACAUUCUUAUUUUUGAUUAUUAUUAUUAUUAUUAUUAUUGUUGUUGUUUCUGAUUAUUAUUAUUUGUCAUCACUGCUUGCUGAAGAUUGGCACUUCGAGAGUUGUUUGUCCCUUGAUGCCAUUGCAGAAAAAAAUAAAUUAUUGCUAUUAAUAUUAUUCCACCAGAGUUUAGAUUCUGAAAUAUUUUUACCCCCUCAUUUCCCAUUUUUCUUCAUCUUUUUUUUUUUAUUUUUUGUUCCUCCAUCUUUGAAGUGGACAUUUUGUUUUGUUUUGUUUUGUUUCACCUGGAAAAGCGUUUUCGAUUUUGGGCUUUCAAUGGAGGGCCAGAGCGGGCUUCUGUAGUGACGAAGCCUUUUCCUUUUCUAUAAAAGGAAAAACACGUGAAGUAAACAUUUCAGAAGUACAGAAUUAUGCAGAUGACGUUUUUUUUUUUUUUUUAAACGGCUAAAUUUCACAUAGCCACUCCAGUUUUCAUAACUAAAACCUUGUUCAGCUGUCAAGCAAAACGUAUUAUUAUUCUAAUUAUCUUUUGACAAUACACAAUAAUAACUGCAACUAACUUUUUUUUUGUCCUUUUGUAGCUCAAAGCGGGCAGGCUUUAAUUGCGAUUAGACUAUACAAGGUGUAAAUUACAUUAUGAAGUUAUUUCAAUAGCAGUCGAUACUUGAAUAUAUCAAUAUACUGUGGUGAUCUAAAAGCACGGUGUGUGCUAAAACAAUACGUAGAUACGAAUAGACGCAUCGCGGAGAGGAAGAUGAUUCGAGGAGGGCGAAGAGAGAGGUGAAUGUAAACCGAAAAAACUGGCGUUCAUUAAUUCUGCUUUGAGUGGAACUUCCCCCACAAACAAGAGAGAGGCGCACACCCCGCUCCUUCCCUCCAUGUUCACCUGCCUCUGAGUGAUCCAGCUCCUCUCUCACCGCAACAAUAUGAGGUCAGAGGUGAGCACUCACCCCAGGGGUAGAUGGAGAAGCUCUCAGCACUACAAAGAGCGGGGACAAAGGCGCAGAGCGAGGAGCGACACGCACCUGAAACCCUCCACUCUGUCCCGCCGUCCCAAACUGGCAGCUUUUUAAAAAAAAAAAAAAAAAAAAACCCAAAGUGAGAUUCUGUUGAUGCCACUGUGCCCGGUUUGUUAAACGCCAUUCCUUUCACGUUUUUUAGACUCACAUCCCACGUUUUUUCCACUUGCUCAUGCAUUUCCAGCGUUUUAUUAAUUUUUCAUCCGCCCUCUCAGGCUUUUAAGCGUUUUAAGAAGCAGUUAGCGCUAGCUGCCCUUUUUGAUGAGGUAAGUUUGGAGCAAUGAGAGGACUUGAAUGCUUUUUCCUGGAGUGUGUGCGAGCUCGCCGUUGAUCUCACCUUGGCGACAUUAGCUUACAGUGUGUCUGUGUGUGUGCGUCACAAAAGAUCAAAAGGAGGCAGGUUGCUUAACCUGCUGACUUGUCUAAGCGAGACAAAGCGCCUGACAAAAGGAGGCAGAGAAAGACGGAGAGCUACUCCCUUCAUUAUGUCCCCCCCCCCCCGCCCUUCUCCUCCACCUCCUCCCAGGACAGUGUUCUUCUUAAGAUCCGGAGUCCUGAGAGAGCGAGUCGGACAUAUUUCUCACUGAAGGAUGGGCACGUCUCAGAGUCUCAAAGCACCAGCCAAGGGCUCUAAAGCGCCUCAAAACAAAGGAGAAAGGAAAGGACACUUAUCUGAUGCACAGAUUAUUAUCGCUCCACACCCUCCCUCCCUCCCUCCUCCUUCCUGCAACCCCGCCCUGAAGUUAAAGAGUUCCUGCGCCUAAAAAGAUUAAUUCAGGAUAAUGAAGACUUAUGUGCAAAAAAAAAAAAAAAGAAAAAAAAAAGAUGGAUUAGCAAGACCUUAAUACCACGUUGAGAAUAUUUUUGUCAAGUUUUCCUUUUUCCGGGGUUGUUAACAUUAUCGAAAUAAAUAUAUAGUCUUUUUUUAAAGAAUUGUUAAAGAUAAAAUUUAUGGGAGAAAAUAUAUACAGUAGUGGAAGCUUGUUGGAAAGGCACUGUUAGAAAUUUGUUUCAUAAAAAGAAAAGCUCGAGGGUAUUUUUAGUGACGGCUUUUGUUUAAAUCUGUUUUCAGAAUAAGUGAGUUGUUGGUAGAUUAGGAGCAGUAGUCGUAGGUUUUUUUGCAGGUUUUGUGACCACUUUUUUCCCUUUUUUUUUCCUUACCUUUUUGUAUCUUUGUGCUGAACGGCUGUCUUUCUUCGAGAUCGGAAAAAAAAUACACUUGGAAUAUGUUUUCAGAGUAUGAAAUAUUGUUGUUGCUACUGUAAAUACUGUCAGGAUGAAACAAAGAAUAGCUGUACAGUUUGUUUUUCUAUUAUUACCGCUAGAGAGGGAUGGAUGAAAAAAAGAUGAGUGGAGACAAAAAAAAGAAAGAGGGAUGACCCGCUCUCUCUCUCUAUGUGGAUUCACAAAUAACCCACAGAGAGGUUUUGGUUGUUGUUUUGUUUUUGUUUUUUUUCCCUGCCAUGCCUUUAACGGGGGUCUGUUUCCCGUCGGCAGUGCCCUUGAAGUUGCACCAGCAUCCGUUUCUUUAAUUUUUGGCCGACAGAACGAUGCAUUACGGCUAGCGGUCGGGUAAUGAUGAUGUCACGGAGCAGCCCGUUGGCAGUCCUGCGGACCACGUCUUGUCCACACACACAAAAAAAAACAAAAACAAGGGCAGACUCCCGCCGACGUAGCUCUAGGUUUGACCCGGGAGAGAGACAGGAACUCAUUGUCAUCAGACGAGUCAUGGAGGGGACACGCAUUGUACAGUAACAGUUUGAUAAAUAAAAAAAAAGAGAGACUGCAGACAGAAAAAUAAGUGAUUUAUAACAUUUUUUACCGGGUUCAAACCAGUUGGAAGAAGUUUGGACUUUCUGUGGAGUUUCUGUAGGCUUUGCAUCGUGUGUAUGUGUGUGUGUGUGUGCAUGGUGAUGUAUAUGAGUGUGUGUCUGUGUGAGAGAAAAGACCGAUUAUGAGAACCUGUGAACCAGUGAGUGACACAAUUCUCAACACUGUGGCCCCUCCCCCACCCCUGGGAGUACCAUCCUGACAUGUAAAUGAUUCUCAUUAAGCGUUGGCAACGUGUGUUCAGUGUGUGUGUGUGUGUGUGUGUGUGUGUGUGUGUGUGUGUGUGUUGCGAUAAUUUCCCUCUGAUCUGUUUUCUGACCUGUUUGAAAGGGGUUUUUUGUUUCUCGAUGCUUUCGGUAGUAAUUCUUUUCUUUUUUAUUAUUAUUAUUAUUAUUAUUAUUAUUAUCAUUAUUAUUAUUAUUAUUACAUUGCUCCUUUUUUCUCUUAUUUGUAAAUAUCAAUGAUGUGGACUUACAGUGAUAAAUACUGCCUUUGUGUAACUUAGCAAUAUGUUAUGUAAAUAGUGUUUCGUUGAUGCUUUUUGUAUGACAUUAUUAUUCGAUUCUAGUGCAGUAAAUUCCAAACUGGAACGGCCAUGUUUUUCAAAAUACAGUCUGAAUAGUUACACACAGGUUGUAAAAUACAACUCAUGACAUGGCUGUUUUUUUCUGUUAUUGGUGUCUAUUUGUCUUGCAGAUUUUGUGUAAUUUAUUGGUUUAAUUUAUCCUAAUUUAUUUGUUGUUAUUUUUCUUUUGUUUUUGUUUUUUUUCAAACAGGGAAGGCUGUACUGCAUUUCAUUGAGUAGAACCCACUUAAAAGAAAUUCUUAACUACUGAAAAAUGUAAUUUUAAAAAAAAAGAGAUAAGCGUGCUCAUUGCUGGAAAAAAAUUGAGAUCUUGGCAGCUAAACGGAACUGGACAGUUUAUAAACAAAAACAGAAAUAAAAGGUUGUUAAGUUUUGUUCCAGGGCAGGGGCCGAGGGUGGGCUAGAAAGCUUAAAAACUAGUUUGAAGCAGUUUUGUAUUUUUCUCUUGAGAUGUUUUUCCCCCCCUGUAUUGCUUUGGCCCAGCCCAAAAAAAAAAACAACCAGUAGUCAAAUUGCCUUUCGUGCCUUCACCCUCUAUGAACUGAAUGUAUGUGCAGUAUAUAUGCAAGCUUGUGCAAAAUGAAUAAAAAAUGGAAAUAAAAAUGAAAAAGA